UCUUCUCGCCUGAUCAAACACCGGAAGUUAGUCCAAAACAGACACAUUUGGGGUGUAAUAGACAUUGUGGGAGUGUUGUCAUCCUCGGUGUUUAACAAGUCACUAAAGCAGCGUAACCUGCUCUGUAGUAAGUGCAGCGCUGCCGACCAGUCGUAUUUUCGGGUUAAAGUCGUGGCUAAAUUCAGCUCCUGGUGUCUGUGGUGGCCAGCCAGCAGGCCAUGGCUGGGGGAGCUGUGGUCACUGUCCGCCUGGUCAGGUCCUUUGAGCACAGCAACUUCAAGCCCGUUGUGUUCCGGGCUGUGGAUUUAGACCAGACAGUGCAGGAGUUUAUUCAACACGUGAAACACGAUAUUGCAACGAGAGCAGGUCUCCCGCCCCCCUUCAGGAAGUAUGCUUAUGACACUAUGAAGAUUAUCCACCAAGCACAUGGAGCCAAGACAAAUGACUUGGUGAUGAGUUUAAACGACGACGACAAGCUCAUCCUGCAAGACAGCCAAACGCUGAGAGCUGCUGGUGUCGCAAAUGAAACAGAAUUGGCCCUCUUCAGGAAAGAAGAUUAUGGUCUGUUCAAAGCAAAUCCCCAAACUGUCUGGUGACCUCAGUGUUACACUUUAUAAGUCAGGACAUUCUCAAAAUGGUCAAGCAUGCCAGAGAAGAAAAAAAGUGCCAUCAUGUUCGAAGUGGAGUCUUUUAAUUUGCUGCACAUUUUGUUUUUAAAAUGUUUAUGAUACUUUCCUCCGGUAUGCAUUUUUAUUUUUUAACGGUGAUUGUGAUUAUGGCUGCUUGUUUUGCAACAUGCUGUAUAAAGUUUCUUAUCAGCUGA